AUGAAUCCAAAAACAAGAAUAGAAAGCCAAGAAAGUAGUGUUCAUGUUCCAAUAGACGACGCGAUUUUUGAGCCACAAAGUAGUAUUGAAAGCAGCAUUAGCAAUACUGAUGGAUCGGUUUCAGGAGCAAGACAAGGGAACCGAUGGGCACCUGAAAAGAAAAUUACCCUUUUUGCCCUUCGGCUCGCUAUUCUUGAAAAGGCGGCCACAGGACUAGGGACCCUUGGGUUCAUAUGGGCUACUGUUGUUUUACUUGGUGGAUUUGCUAUUACUAUAGACCAAACCGAUUUUUGGUUCAUUACGAUUAUUUUGUUGAUAGAAGGUACCAGGAUCUUUAGCAGGAGCCAUGAGCUAGAAUGGCAGCAUCAAGCAACUUGGUCAUUAGCCGAUGCUGGGAUCAAUAGUUUUCGUGCUAUAAAGUCUCGUUCCCAUAUUUUGGUUAGAGCUUUUACGGCUCUGAAGAGCCAAUCUAGUAAAGAACGUCCUCAUCUGAGGACGCUAAAGACUAGUAGGAACUUGCAAAAGAAAAAGACUUUGACUCGUACAUGGACAAGUUCAGAUGUUCCUCUGCUUCCUUACGGACAAUGGGUAUUUUUGUCAAGAAAUAUAAGUCGGCUUCUUUAUUGGCUACAAUUAGCAUCAGCAACAGCUUGUGUGGUGUUAUCGCUGAUAAAACUUGUGAAACAGAACUAUGGAGAGAUUGAAAAAGGAGAUACUGACAAGAGGAAUCGUAAAUCAGCUUUGACUAUAUUCUAUGCAUUGGCAUUGGCAGAGGCGCUUCUGUUUCUUUUGGAAAAAGCUUAUUGGGAAUGGAAGGUGAUGUACAAGAAGUUAUUAGAACGGGUAAACAACGAGUGUGAAUUAGGACCAUUUGGGAUGAUUUCAGUAAGGCGGUUUUUUUAUGAUGCAUAUGAGAAAUGUGUUAAUGGAAGUAUCUUUGAUGGGUUAAAGAUGGAUUUAGUUUCAUUUGCUAUGGAACUUUUGGAUUCUGACUCAUCAGAUGAGCAACUUAUUGGGAUCAGAAUCUUGGAAAGUUUUACAAAAAAUGCCCGUUUUUCCAAAGACACGCUUCAGAAGAUUGGAAUCACGAUAACAGUGAUAGAACGGUUGGUGGAAAUACUGAACUGGAAAGAUCCGCAAGAGGAAGAGAUUAGGAAAUCUGCAGCUGAAAUUCUAGCAAAACUAGCUGGAAAAAAACAAAAUUCCCUUCGGGUUGCAGGAAUUCCAGGUGCAAUGGAAUCUAUAUCUUCUCUAUUACAUAUCCAUAGAAACCAUACUUCCACAUCGUGUGGUGAAAUUUCAAAAAAAGAGAUCAUUACCGACAAAGAAGACUAUGGAUUUUGGACAUUCAAUCAAUUGGGUCUUCAAAUUUUGAAGAAACUUGCUCGUGAUCAUGACAAUUGUGGAAAGAUUGGAAACACAAAAGGGCUGUUAACCAAAAUCAUAGACUUCACAGACGCCGGUGAGAGGUUAUUGAAAGAUGAAAGGGUCACGGAGUCUCAGAUUUCAACUGUGAAAACAUCUUUACAAGUGGUAAAGAUGUUGGUAAGCACAACGGGAAGUACAGGCAGACAGCUACGGGCAGAUAUAUCAGAGGUGAUUUUCACAAUUAGUUACAUAAGAAAUAUAUUAAGAUAUGGUGAGAAACACCCAGUGUUGCAGAAACUUGGUAUAGAAAUAUUAACAAGUUUGGCCCUUGAAGCUGAUGCUACAGAGAGGAUAGGGGGAACCGGAGGAGUUUUUAAGGAGCUAUUUACUAUUUUCUUUCGAGAGGCGGCACCUGAAACUUAUAAUCAUGUGAGAUUAGCAGCCGGAGAAGCACUUGGGAUGCUGGCAUCUGAAAGCAUGAAUAACUGUCAUCGUAUAUUGAAACUGAAAGUUAUCGAGAACCUUGUUGCUGCUUUGGAUAGCCCGUUGCUUAGAAUCAAUUCAGCAAGGAUUUUAAGAAACUUAUGCAUUUACAGUGGCUCAGAGUGCUCCCAACAGCUACAGGGCAUAACUGCUGCCGCGCCUACUGUACUAAAGGAAAUCAUGACAGAAGAAAUCAAGUUGCAGGAAGUAAUGGUUGGAUUAGCAGCGCAUGUCUUUAAAUAUAUGACAUCUCAAGAAGCCAGUGUCAUGUUUAAAAGAGCCGGAAUACAAGAAACUGAUUUAGCUAUGGCGCUCGUGCAAAUAUUGAAAAAGUAUCCACAACCACAAACCAAGGUUCCGCGAGUAAGGAGAUAUGUAGUGGAGUUGGCAAUUUGGAUGAUGAAAGAUACACGUGCAAAUAUUAAGACUUUCAAGAAUCUUGGCAUAAGGGAAGAGCUGGAAGGUAUCACCGAGACAACAUCAGAGGUCGAAAGCUUUAAUAUUUUCUCAGGGGCCAUUGGAUUGAGCAGGUACAAGACGUCGAUUCAUUCAUUAGUAGAGACAGCAAUGAACUUGCUGGCAGAUGAGUAACUAAAAUUCAUUAAGCAAUUGAUUUUUAAUAAUAUUUCUGUAUAUUGCCGUUUUGAAAUAAACAUCUAUGUUAU